AUAGGAAAUAAUAAAACGAUUUAAUAUGCUGCGUCAUGAAGCAGAGCCUAUAAUAAAGUGUUAAAUCUAAAUUCAAAUGCAUCUUCCCAAAUUAAAAUUUCCCCCAAUUUGUUACUAGCAACCAAUCCUCCAGCAGAGUUGACUUUCCACCACCUCCCUUCUCAGCUAAUAACCUCCAUUCCUCAUUCUCCAUGGCCGCUCGCCACCGCAUUAAACCCCCAUCAUGAACUCCACCACCGACUCCGGCGGCUUCCUGGGCUCCCAGAGCAUCGGCGGGUUCGGCUACGGCAUCGGCGUCUCCGUGGGCAUCCUCCUCCUCAUCACCACCAUCACCCUCGCCUCCUACUACUGCACCAGGAACACGACGGCGGCCACGGCCUUGGUCCUGCCCCAGCGCAACCCCCGCCCCCCGCCCGACGACCCCGCGGCGGAGGGGGGCCUGGACGAGGCCACCCUGACCAGCUACCCGAAGCUGCUAUACUCGGAGGCGAAGAAGGUGAACCACAAGGACUCCACCGCCGCCUGCUGCUCCAUCUGCCUCGCUGAUUACAAGAGCAGCGACGUGCUCAGGGCUCUCCCCGACUGCGGCCACCUCUUCCACGUCAGGUGUGUCGAUCCCUGGCUGCGCCUCCACCCCACCUGCCCCGUCUGCCGCACCUCGCCCUUGCCCACGCCGCUCUCCACGCCGCUCGCGGAGGUCGUGCCGCUCGCCACCAGGCCGGUUGGAUGAUCCAUCUUAUUUUAUUAACUUCUACGGGAAAUUUCUUCCGUUUUUCCUUGUAUACUCAUAGAGCUUAGAUUAAUUAAUUAAUUUCUCAUAUUUUUCUAUUUAUCGCUCGAAUUUUGCUUCUUGCUAAAAAGAUCAAGUAUACUGAUUAAUUA